CGAUCCGUCUCUCUAUUUUGGUGCCUCCCCUCCACAUUUCAGAGCCCCGUCGCAAAUGGAUCGAGUCGGCAGCGGCGAGAAGCACCUCGAGGACUGCACCGUCUCCAAUGCCCUCGGAACUUGGGUCUUCUCUGUUGCUGGUGCUCUCCUUGCUAUUCCUGUGGGCAUAAAGAAGAAAUCCUUCGCUCCACUGGUGUUCUUUGGCACUACUGGAACUAUGCUUGACAUCAUCAUGGGCAUUAGCCAAUGUGAGAGGGAGCAUGCGGAGCGGCAGAUGAAGCUUUUGGGAGCGCAAAACCUUUCGGCGAGUGCUUCAGUAGAGGGUGAAAGCCUGACCGAGUCCUUCGCCCACGUGGACAAGUGAAAUACAUCUUGCUGUUUUCUUUUCUGAAUUCCUGGGUCUGAAGGCCAUGACUUAUCUGCUCAUGUGUGAAACAUACAAUCUCUGAACGUUGCAAACCUUGCUGUUCUUCCUAUUUCCUAAUAAUAUGUACUGAGCAAUGGUCAGUGUGAGCUAGUGUUAGUCAAAUACUAUGUUUUAUAACCUUUUGUUUGAUAUAAUCAAGUUGAUGACCUUCAUUUGUA